GUUUGAUAUAAUACUAAUGGCGACACUUCUUCCUCCUCCGAAAAGACCAAAAUUAUAUCACGGCGUCCCAAAGCCCGAGCCCGAGCCUCUGAAAGCAUCGCCCAAUGUCGUGGUUCAAUUUGUGAAUGAACAUGAUGGCACACCGAUAGCACCUGCUGUGAACCUCCCAGCGAACAUUGCGCGUGAAGGCCUUGAAGUACUCGUCAAUCAGCUACGCACAAAGGACGACGAUGAGCACGUACCAUUUGCUUUUCAUGUUGCUCUACCUGAGGAGGCGACGAAACCAAAUGCUCCAACGCGAAUCGUGAUAUCUAAAUCAAUAGAAGUGGAUGUUCUAGCACACGCAUCCUAUGCAUUCUCAGAAGAAGACGUCCUGGUAGUACGCUGCGCUCCACAGUCUGUAUUCAAAGUUCGCCCAGCUACUCGAUGUUCUGCCACACUUUCAGGACAUUCCUCACCGAUCUUAUGCGCUUCAUUCUCCCCCACCGGCAAUUUACUUGCGACUGGUUCAGGUGACACGCAUGUGCGCCUAUGGGACCUUUAUACUGAAACACCGUCGCACACGUUGACCGGCCACACUGGGUGGGUACUGUGCGUGGAGUGGGAUCCACUAGAACGCAAAUUGGCAAGUGGUGGCCACGAUGGCCUUGUAAGGCUAUGGGAUCCUAAGACUGGAAAACCGCUGGGCGAUGCAAUGAAGGGCCAUUCAAAAUGGGUGACGUCCUUGGCAUGGGAGCCCGUACACUUAAACCCAUCUACCCCACGAUUGGCAUCCUCAUCUAAGGACGGAACUGUGCGAGUAUGGUCGACGGCUACACGAAAACUAGAAUACACACUUGGGGGUCAUACUGCAAGCGUAAAUGUUGUUAAAUGGGGAGGCGGCGGUUUGGAUGGUCAUGGAGUACUCUAUACGGCCAGUAGUGACCGUACGGUCAGAGUAUGGGAUGCACGAGGGGGAAAACAACUUCAUAUUUUGAAAGACCAUGCUCAUUGGGUCACCACUCUUGCUCUCAAUACGGAUUUCGUACUUCGUACUGGACCAUUCGAUCACACCGGAAAGCGUCCAUCGUCGGAUGAGGAAGCUCAAGCACUUGCUCUCAAAAGAUACAUCGCGCUUGUGUCACGAACACCAGAGCUACUGAUAUCAGGCUCAGACGACCACACACUCUUCCUUUGGUCUCUAUUUGCAUCGUCGAACGCGGAACCGGGAGGGGGUAAAACUAAGCCCUUGACCCGUCUGACUGGCCACCAACGGCAAGUAUCUCACGUCGCCUUCUCCCCCGAUGGCCGGUGGGCAGCUAGUGCUGGGUGGGAUAGUGCAGUGCGACUAUGGGAUUGCUCAGGUGCUGGGCAACUGGGCAAGUUUGUAGCUACACUGCGCGGACACGUUGGCCCCGUUUACAGACUUGCGUGGAGUGCAGACUCACGAAUGCUGGUAAGCGCCAGCAAGGAUGCGACGGUCAAAAUUUGGGACCUCAAAACGUACAAAAUUAAGUCGGACCUUCCUGGUCAUACAGACGAGGUCUACUGCGUGGAUUUCGUUGCUGAUAAAGUUGUCAGCGGGGGCCGCGAUCGGACUGUGAAGAUAUGGAAGAAUUAGCCACAAAACUGUAAUUUGAGGAGGGUUGACCUCACUUCUCAGUAUAUCGAACCCACACACAUAGGCAACCAAUGGGCAACUGGCAACACACCAAUACUUGGUGUUCUGCGAUAGCCACGCGGCUGCACGUAGACUGGCUAACAGUACGCAGAGGAGACCUGAUGUAAGCUCAAAAGGCAGCUGAACCAUGACAAGGAGAACUUGCGCCCAGUAGCCAUGGCUUUCAACCUUGGAGUGUCCAGCCCCAAAUCCAGCAUUUGUGCGUUGAAUCUUUGCGACAGAGUCUUGUGCGUAAAGCGCAUAGGAAGUCGGACUCGGAGUCCUCCAUCAGUCAUAUCAUAAAUGCCCCUCGUCUACUAUAUAAUCCACAUGCCUAGGCUUUUUCCCAAGUUUAAAAUCAAGACUAGAAGAAGGCUUAGGCAUGUGGAUUCUUAAUUGUACCAUGCACACAUGUAGCGAGUAUGAGC